AUGAGAACCAAGCGGAGGGCUGGACGCCCAAAGAAGAAUGUACAGAAGGGAGCUUCUUCUGCUGCUGCUCCUCCAACUGCUGCCUCACCCGAGCAUCAUACUGCCACACAACCUUUUGCUGCUGCUGCAGCUGGCACAGCAACUCUUUCUGCUGCUUCAGCCCCUUUGACUGCAGCUGCAGCACUUAAUGCCAAUAAGCAGGCAUUCCUGAACCUUGUCGGCCAGAUUGCCCAAGAAAACCUUGGGCUGGACAAAUCUAAGGAUCUCGGGCUCCGUGGAAUGGGUUCUGGCCCUGGCUUUUAUUCGUCUUCUUCUUCAUCAAGUGGAGGUGACUCAUUCCAUGUUGAAGAUAAUAUUAGUGGCUUCGACGUUCCAGGAACUGACUGGUGGGGUGGUGAUAAAUCAGGGCGCAAACGUGGUCGGCCUAGAGAAGGGUAUGCCACAAAGAGUGUUAGCAAUUUGCAGGCUACCUCAUUGAGUGGGUUGCAUCCUUGGAGCAGUAAAGAAAAGAGAUCAAAGAAGUCGUGCCAGGAUCCCCGAUACAACGAGACGGAACUAAAAACUUCAUUUGCAAUCAUUAAGAAGAUAAUGGAUAUGGAUGAAGCUGCAUCAUUCAGCGCUCCUGUAGAUCCUGUUCCUAAUCGUAUUGAUGCAAGAGAUGCACCUAUGGAUUUUGGAACAAUAUGCAGCAAUCUUCAGAAUGGUUUCAAGUACCUAAAUGCUGAUGACGUAUACAAGGACGUGGAGUGCAUUUGGGCGCAUUGUUUGAAGUAUAACAAGAAAGGUGACUAUAUUGUAUACCUUAUGAAGAGAGUGAGGAAGAAGUUUCUGAAAUACUGGACAGCAGCUGGCUUGCGUACUGAAAUGCAAGAGACUACAGGACAACCUGAGUUUGCACCUAGUACCAAUCAAAGGACGGGACGCACCAGUUGUGAGGCUAGUUGUGCAGCGAAUCUUGUUGAUAACCCGACUCAAAAGCAACCAGCUCGGGUCACCCAAUCAAGCUACAGUCACCAGGUUCCGGUGCCUCCAUCAAGCUAUAGUCACAAGGCCCAGGUUCCUCCACUGCAGCCAACCACCAAUGAUUUGUCACAGCUGCAGUCCAGAAUCAAUGCAAAUGAUGCAGGACGUUUGUAUGCACCCUCACCGGACUCUGCUAGGAAACAAACAAAAGAUGCACGGACUCCCAGGAUGACUAAGUCCAGCCAUUCCAAGCAUCAGCCAAAUUCAAGCAUAUAUUACCUGCGACGUCGUGGGCAGAGUGUUAGUCAACAGCAACCAGCUCGGUCUCUUGUUCCAGAGAAUGAUGGGGCAAGAUCUCCAGAUGGGCCGUUCACUAAGAGUAAUUUGGGGCAAAAUGGCUUUCUGUCUACAGAUGCAGUUAACCCCACAGUUAUCAGCCAGAAUCAAGUUCAACCACAACCACCUCCAGCGAGUCAAAGCCAGCGACAUGUAUCCCAGAUACAUGAGGGAAGCAUUGCACAGCCACAACACUCUGAGCAGUUUGCUACAGCUUCACAUGCUGGAGGUGAGAAUGGCUUGAGGGGCGAGAGACAAGUUGAAUGGGAUGGUUAUCAGAUGGGAACUGUGACCCCCUCCUUUCAUAAUCCAGCCCAGCAUGAGUAUUCUGGAAAUUCCAGCAGCCCAGACAGUCCAUUAGCAGCCAUUCGUAGCUCAAAGAGGCGAGUACGAGGCCCGUCCCGGUGUCGUUUUGUGUGGGACAUGCCUGAUGGUAGCAAAAUGGUUGUUCACCUUAAUGAUUUGGGACAACCAAUUGGCUCUGAAGGAAGAAAGCUGGCUUCAUUUCUGGGCACCUUGGCACGGGAUGGUACCUUGGCUCCCCUUAACUAUGUGAAAUGGGCUGCAUUGCCAAAAGCAAACAAGGAAAACAUGUGGCAGUUGGUUCAGGCAAAGUUCGAGAUUGAUCCCAUGGCAAAAUCUUGGGUCAUGAAGUCUCUUUUUUCAAAAUGGAAGAGCUGGAAAUCAAGGUUGAAAACAUAUUAUUUCUCAUGCAAGACUGAUGAGGAACGCAUGAGGAAUCUCGACAAAAGAGUCAUUCCAGACCAGUGGCCAAGCCUCGUAUCCUAUUGGAACAAGGAAGAGGUGAAGUUGCUUUGUGCUAGGAAUAGGGCAAAUCGUGCUCAUGUAAAGCAUUCACACACCUCCGGCUCAAAGAGUUAUGCAACCAUACGAGAGGAAGAGCGUGCAAAAAGGGCGGAUGGGAAGACUCCUACUAGGGCAGAGUUGUUUGUGCUGACCCAUACACGAAAGGAUGGAAAUCCUGUAAAUGAGGAUGCUGCAGAAGUAUUUGAAAAAUUGCAAGAAAAAACUAGUCGGAGGCAGCAAAAUUCUGAAGUCAGUGAUAGUUCUCAUGACACUUUCUUCAAAGUUACAGACGAAGGAAAUAAAAAGCAUGUGAGCAUGUAUGGUCUAGGAGGACCUAGCCCUGCUACUCUUUGGGGAAGAAAGUGUGGCCAUAUCCAAUUUGCAAAAAUGGCCAUGGAAACCAAAAGGCAAGCUGAUGAGGAGGCAAACAAGAUUUUUAAUAAAGUUGAGGCAGUUUGCAGUAAAGUCGAGGUAAUGGAGCAAAAGUAUACCUCAAUGGAAGCGCAGAUUGAUAGGAUGAACUCAAACAUGGAGCUUAUGCUUCAGAAGAUGGGGGUUCCUGUGCAAUCAAGAUACAAUCACUUCAACCAGGGUGAUCAGGCAGAAGAACCAUCGUCAUCAUCGUCAAGUCAUGGAGUUCGAGCUGAUCAGGUGGUUCACAGCCGGGCAAAUUCUAGAAGGAGCCAGUACUGA